AUGGUUACGGUUAACAAUGUGCAGAAGAAUGUCGCUGGUCACAAGGCAAUGAUAUAUAAGAAUCUUUGUGCCAACUUGAUACGAAAUGAAUAUAUUGUGACGACGCUGUCGAAAGCUAGCAAGGCCCAACCAUUGAUUGAAAAAUUUUUAGCACGAGCUUUGAAGGAGAAUAGCAAGUUUACCGAGGAUCCGAAAUUGAAACUAUCGAAAAUGGCUUCAUUGGAGUAUUUGCAACCCCCCGAUAAAGCUAGUGUUGGCACUAAAGUGAUUAAUGAAUUGAGUAAACGAUAUGCUAAUAGGACACACGGAUUUACUAGGAUUAUCAAGUUGGAGCCUCGUUUAGGUGAGGAUAAGGCUCCAAUGAGCGUACUUGAACUAGUUGACUCGAAAUAUGAGGUCAAGUUUUGGUACAUUGCGAAAACAGUGGCAAGAUUGGAGUUGCAGAAUGUGCCUUUGGACGAUAUAACAGAGUUGAAUAUGAAGAAAUUAAUUGCAAACAGACACAAUGGAGAACAAGUGUUUAGAGACGCGGUAGAAACUUGCAAGAAGGAGUUUUUUAGAAUCAAAGAUGAUCUGGAACCUAGUGAUGAAAAAAUGCAAAAGAUAUUGAAGAAUUUACCCAAUAUGGAAAGACAUACAGGAAGUUUAAAGGGGAAAUUAUUGGUGUCUAAAAAGUACAACGUUAGGCCAAGGAGGGAAAUGGAACCUGUCCCUUUACCACAAUCACCUUACUUGAAGUCCACAUAA